CUAGCACUGAGCUUAGGAACUUGCACGACAAGCUAGUAAACUGUGUGGAGGUUUUAUGCUUUGCCGGUUCAAAUUUUAAAAUGAUGUCUGCUCUUGUUAAAUUUGUUUACAAAUUAUGGAAAUCUGUUUGAUUGUUUAUUUUUGGUGAUUAAUACGGUUCAUUUAAACCAUGGAUCCUAUCAACAAUGAUGUAUGGAAUAUUAGAGGCUCUUUAAAAAAUACUAUGCUUGAAUAUGUUACUCCUUAUAAGAUUUGCAUAGUAAUUCUUUUACAAGAAAUGUGCCUCCUUAAAUCAAACACUUGGCGCAAUUUCCACUUUCGACAACCAGUAUUUAUGGAUGAAGAAGAAUCAAAACCUAUUUACAGAAGGGAUUUUUGCAUGUUAGCAUUGCAUCUUAUCCAGUCACCAGAUAUGGAAUAUGAAGAGUUCCUUGCUGUAUUGAAUUCUGGAAAAUAUAAGCUAUAUCCGGACCUAGUUGAUCAUUUCAAGAAAGAAAUUCAGAAUUUGUUAAAAAGAGAUGUAGGCAGUAUCAUGGAUGUUUUAAACAACAUUGAUAGAAUAUCAUUAGAACAAAAUAGCUAUGAUGCACUUAUUAAGCCAAGCAGUAAAUUAGGUCUAUUUUUGCGAAGAGUAAGACUGUUUUUUGACAAACUUUACUUUUCACAAACUAUUGCCAUGCACAAAGCUUUGCAUGCAUAUGUUCAUGCUUCAAAGCCAACUUUUCCAGCCAUGGAUAUGGAAUUGAGUUCUAUUGGUGAUGAAUCUGAAAUAAAAGCUAGCCAUGAAGGUCCAGUAGGUUUGUGGUCUAAAAGACAGCUAGAACUAUUCCUUGGCGAACAAGCUAAACUGAUCCAAACUGGUGAUGCCCUGUCUCCACCCCAGUUGCAAGCAAAAAUCCAUGAUGUAUUAACUGGUAACCCAGAUCAUGUUGAGGCUCAUUUUGUUAGCUACAUGAACUGUCUUAGAAGUCGAGAGUUCUGUGGUGCUCAAGAAAGUCUUUACCAUUAUUUUGAUAGAAGAAAUCCCCAGUGUGAUGAAGAAACCAAAUGCCGAGGAUUGUGUUAUGCUGCUCUGAAUUUGUCUAUACUACAUUCAUCAUUUAAUCAUAAAGAAGAAGCAAUGUUUGCUUUGAAAGAAGCUAUAACCCUUGCUCAUGAAUCAAAUGACAAUGUUUGUCUUCAGCAUACUCAAGCUUGGAUGUAUAAACUAACUAAUGAUCAAAAAGGUAUGCUUAUCGAUAGAUCUAGAGUUAAAUGUGAGGAUCUGAAUUUAAAUUAUUUAUAUUCAUUUGGACUUCAGGCAUAUGCUGAGCAUGCUGCAAAAAAUUCUGAUCUUCCAGCAAAAGUUUUUGGGCUACUUUCAAAAAGUGACGUUGUGAACUGUCAGCAUUCACUACUUGAUCUCCUAUGUACUGGACAUGCCAUGCGGGCUGCACUUUGGGCAAUGUAUGGUAGAAGUGAACUGGCCUGUUUGUCUGCUCAGUUAUUACUUCAUGGUCAGGCGUCUUCUGCAAAUGGAACAGAACCUGUUGUUAUAGCUGUAUCCAACAUAGCACUGUAUUUUACAAUACAGGGUGAAUAUGGAUUGGCAUGGGCGGUUAUCAAUCAUGGAAAGGAAAGAGCACCUGAUUCCAAAUGGUGGGUGUGGUCUGAAUCAGUUUUAUGUUUUACCGAAUCUCUACAUAGAGGUCUUUGGGGAUUGGCUAAAGAAGCCGUGGAUAGGCUUGCUGCUGUCGAUCCAAUAGAAGCUUUAUUAAGAGAAAGUGAAUUAUGCUUUGCUAGAGGAGACAGAGAAGGAGCAGAAAGGGCUGGUAGAGUAGCUUUAGAAAAAUCUUCUGAUUUAUCUGUUAUGAAGGUCAGAGCUUUAUAUGCAUUAGCAAGAGCGUUACCCAGAUCUGCUGUUCUCUCUCUCACUGAUGCUUAUCACAUUGCAACACAUUUCUAUGUAGACUACUGGGCAGCUUUAAUAGCUCUAGAAAUGGGAAAUAUACAAUUGGAAAUGGGUUUACCUCAGCAAGCUGUUAAAACUGUUGAAGGAGCUCUUCUUCGAGUUUUAGCUCAUGGCUCCUGGUCAGAUAUAUCUGAUGGUCUUGUUCUAUAUGCUAAAUGCAGAGUUGCAACUUACAAAAACAAACAUACUGAUAUCUCAGAAGCCAUUAGGCUUUUAUCAAAGGUGAGGAUUGUGGUUCUUAUCAAUAAGUUAUAUUUAACAUGUACAAUCUAUUAACUCUGUGUGCAUCCCUUUCUUAAAGUGGACUAUUUUAUUUCUUCAGAUAUCACUUUGUAAACAAAAGUUAAUAUAUUUAUAGUGGAAAUAAUCAUACUUAACUGUGAUGUUGAUCCAUGGAGUUGUGCACAUUGACAAUGUUCUAUGGACUCCUGUUCUUUAUCUUUGGUUUUCUCCUGCUUCUGAGCAUUCUCCUGCUUUUAUAUCAAGAAUUAGGUCCUCUUUCCCCUAGGUUGAAGUGGGCAGUUCCAAUUAUACUUUCCCCUCUCACCCUCCGUGGAGUAUUAUUCUCUGUGAGAACCAAGAGUACAGUUUUUCAGCAAUUUAAACUUUAGUGCUUUGACAUACCCUAUGCUGCUAGAACGCUUAUGGAUUCGAUGUUGUUACUUGGAUCAUCAAGCUUGGGCGGAAAGCUCCUAAGGCUUGUGAGGAAUUGCUUUAUCCAAUAGUUUUAGGGAUUUAUUGCACUAUUUUGCUUCCAAACCUGAACAAACUGUAGAGACAUUCUUUCUCAAAGCUGUCCAAUGACCAUAAUGAAUUUGAUAAUGGCCUGAAGUGGCUAAAACAUUGCGACAGGUGUAUGAAUAAAAGUAAAAUUGAUAAAGCCUAAAUUAUUUAAAUUAAAUGUGGAAAUUUUUUAUAUGGGCAUUCAUUUAAUUAAUCAUAUUACACUUUUACAACAAAAACACCAUUUAAAAC